GCACAAAAAUGUGGCUUGAUAUUUGUCCCACUGUCCUGAACUCAGCAUGGUGCUGAGACCUUAGAUAGAUAUCUGGAUCCAUGUGGUGAUACAAUAUCUGUCCCUAAAAAAAAAAAAAAAACAUCUGUUUAUUACUUUUCAAGCUAUUUCAAUAACAGGGAGGAAAACGGAAAAACCUCCUUGGUGGAGGAAAUAAUGAAAAGAAUACUCCAGCCACCAGCUCAAAUCUAACAUGGAGACAUGUACAGUAUUAAGUGCUUAGCUGAACAAAUUCCAACUACCUUCUGUUUGCAAAGGAAGAAUUUUAACUGUUGCCCUCAAGUUACAAUAUUUUCACUCCCUGCGUCACAACAAAGUCCCAGUUCUCGUACUUCCACCAAGUAUAUGGGGGGCAAAAAGGCUUUUCUUGACUCCAGAAUCGUCCUCACUAAUCCCACAAUUCAAAUGUCGGCUGACGGUGAAACAGUUUGGGGCCCAAUAUUACAACAGUCAGUGUCACUUUGGCGGCGACUGAUCAUCUGUGCCUUUAAGAAAAGAAUGGGCUACAUGGGGAGAGCGCAUGACUCCCUAAUGCUACAAUCCAAAUACACUUGAGCAGCACAGACCGCUGGUCAGCAAACAGCCGCCACCUCUUCCCUCCACAAAGUGCAUUUACUGCUGCAGCUGCUGCGUUUUCCACCAGACAUGGCGACGGCUGGCGCGGUGCUCUCCAGAGAACAACUACUUUGCCCCAUCUGCCUGGAUUUGUUCAGCGGGCCUGUGUCCACAGCCUGUGGGCAUAACUUCUGCAGCGCUUGCAUUCACGGCUACUGGAGGAGCACCAGCGUGUUGCGCUGCCCCAUGUGCAAACACAAGUUCAGCAAGAAGCCGGAGCUGAAAGUCAACGUCUUGAUCGCAGAAUUGACUUCUCGGUUUAAGAGGUCCGAGGAGCAUGAAGAGAGGAAGGCAGGAGACGCUUCAGAGAGUGAAUAUGUGGCAGCUCCUGACAGGAAUAGUGAGCAUGGAGCUGUUAAACCGCAGCACGGCGUCGCCUGUGACGCCGCGCUCGGUGAGGGAAACACUGAUAAGAAAGCACAGAUUAGAUGGGUCCUCGCGGAGGUGGAAAAAACAAUUCAUGAUCGACUCUUGAAAGUCAGCAAAGUGGUUGAGCAGGUUAAGGAGAGCAAAGAGAGGACAGAGCGAGAGCUGGCGGAGUGUUUGCAGAUCUUCGACAAGCUGCUUGAGUCGAUCCACAGAAGCGAAGGUGAAGUGGUGGAGAAGGUCGGCGCCGCUCAGAGACACCUCGACAUCAGAGCAGAUGAGAUGAUGCGGAAUCUGAGCGAGGAGAUCGACGCCUUGAAGAGGAGGAGCCGUCUUCUGAAGGAGCUGUUGAACCGCGACCAAUGUGACCUUGAGGACAUGUCGGCCUUGACGCCGCCGGGAGGUGAGGAGCGGCCGGAGCUCUGUGCGGACAGCGUUGCCGAGGUGGCCGCGGUGAGGAGAGCGUUGAGCAGGUUAGCAGGUCAGCUGGAGGAGACGGUGAAGACUCAGGAGAGGAAACUGUGCCGGACAGAAGUGGUGCGAGCUCAGCAGCGGGCAGUGGACGUGACUCUGGAUCCGGAUACUGCUCACCCCAAACUGGUUCUGUCUGAGGAUAGGAAACAAGUGCAUCACAGGGACGAGGCGGCGAGUCUGCCCGACAACCCCGAGAGGUUCUACCCGGGGAUCAGCAUUCUGGGGAAAGAGGGAUUCUCCUCCGGAUCCUUCUACUUCCAAGUCUGUGUGAAGGGGAAGACAGAGUGGGACGUGGGCGUCUGUCUGGAGUCUGUCAACAGAAAAGGAGGAGACGUGCUGAAGCCUGAAAAUGGCUACUGGAUUCUGGGGCUCAGACGGGAUCAGAGCUACUGGGCCCUGGGCAGCCUUCCCGUCCGUGUCCCACUGACGGAGAGCGCUGAGGUGAUCGGAGUGUAUGUGGACAUGGACCGCGGGCAGGUUUCCUUCUAUGACCCGGACUCUGCCGAGCAGAUUUACUCGUUCACUGGUUGCACCUUUCAUGGCAGGGUUUUUCCUUUCUUGAACCCUCGGCGCAACCAUGGGGGGGUCAACUCGGCACCUCUCACCGUCUCAGCCGUCUCAUCCUGAAGGUCUCUCCCGCUGCACGUCAGUCUUAGAUGGGUUUUUUCUUAGAUUGACUUAGUCCAGCGCCCCCUGGGGUUCACCCCUCCACUACUGAUUUCUAGUGACGGGUAGAUGAGGUAUCAUGAAACAGUAUUGCAGGGUUGAUGAGGGUUGUUUCCAGAGGCCACUGGUUGGCGCUCUUGGUUAAGAAAUGAUGCAAUAUUUUAAUAAAGUAUUUUCUCAAGUCCUGCCAUUUGACCGCAGACAGCGCCAUCUGGUGGCCCCUGAAAAUCAGAUUACUGUUUCAUGAAACCUCAUCGACCCAUCACUACUUGUUUCCGAGUCCUGUCGUGAAGCGAGUUUCUUCAGAGCAUCAUCUCCGAGAUGGAGAAUAGUUUGGUGUGGACAAUGUGUUUCUGUCCACAUGGAUGGCAGUUUUUGGUCUGUUUUCACCAUGAAUCUUCACCACAGAUCGAGUUGUGAGCAGUGAAAAUGUGUUUUACCUAUUACCUAACUAUUGCCACACUUGGAUAUUAUACUUGCUCCUUUUUUUCUAAAUCAAUUUGACAUUUGAUUUUCUGCAAUAGAGAGUAUGAAAGAUAUAAAAUAGAUUAUAUAUAUGUGUUUUAUUUUUACUAAUAACGUCAUUUCUGGACUAUAGAACGCACUGGAAUAUUAGCUGCACCCAGUAAAUUUAAGAAGGAAAACAGCUCUUGCUCAUCGAUAAGAUGCACCUGUCUAUAAGCUGCAGGUUCAGUGGUGCUGUCUGCACUGUAGAAAAACGCUUUUCAAAACUAGUUUUGAAAACGGAAGAUCGAGAGUGAGGAAAUAGCAGAAACAAGCUGCGUAAUACGAAGCUCCUUGCUUUAUCCACACUGCUCUCACAAAAGACAAGGUGCAGCUCUCCAGCAGGGAUCAAGUCAGCGGCCAAAAUCCGACUCGUGUCCACGUCGGACUUUUGUGCCGUAUGCACUUUGUCUGGAGACAGCGUCUCACAUGUUCUAUUCACAUUAAAGCCCCCAAAAAUGCGUUGUUUUUGCCCACGAGUCCAAAGUUCCGACACCACUGCCGGUCUCAGCUGCUGCUUCUCGAUUCCAGACUUCACAUUUUGAGGGCUUUAAGGGUAAAUAAAAAGCCUCUGACCAUGAGAAAACAGUAGCGCUUUAUAGUCCGGAAUGUAUGGUAAAUUGAAGAUCGGGGAGUUUACUGGGGACCAGUGUACUGUAGUAAUCGAAUAAAAUCUCACCAAUCUUCUGCAGACUGAUGUUCAUGUGUUAGUUCAUUUUGGCAUAAAGAAAAACCUUCAAUAAAGCCUUGCUUUUCCAAACCAACCCAGAGUGAGUCAGUAUUCUUUCACAGGAGGUUCUGAACCGCUUGCUGUACAUUGAGUUAGAGUCCAUUUUUUGGGGGGUGCCCAAGACUGGAUGCCUGGAUGUGGUUCAGACAAAUGGACCUGAAGCUCAUGUGCAGCUGCUCACUCCUUAACUUGGAGUAGAGGAAAGUGUUGAAGGUUUGUUUUAAGGCUGUGCCUGUGUUUGCAGACGGCAGCAGAGGUUCCUCGCCGCUCCCUCUCUCCAGUGUUGAGCGCCGUGGUGUGGACUCUGCUCUCAUGUGGCAUCCUGGUGGCCUUCUGCUUCUUCCUCUUCACUGUGCGCUUCAAA